AUGACAUUAGUUAUGAGGGAUGAAUGUAGGAUUGGUCUUAGUCUUCACGCAAGAGCAUAUUCAAAUGCUAGCUGUUUUGAGAACGAGCGACAAGCUCUCCUCGAGUUUAAGAAAGGUUUAAUUGACAAAUCAAAUCGUUUGGCAUCCUGGACUGGAGAAGAUUGUUGCUCAUGGGAAGGAAUUGAAUGCAGCAGAAACACUGGGCAUGUGGUAAAACUUAAUCUGUGUAAUAAUAUUAUUUUUGAUUUUGAUCGAUGGAUCUUUGGGGAUAGGCAGAAUUAUGCCUCUAUCUAUGGUGAAACGUGCUUGGGAGGCCAGAUAAGUCCUUCAUUAGUAAACCUGCAGCAUUUGCAUUAUUUGGAUUUAAGCUCGAAUUAUUUUGCAGGAAUUCGGAUCCCAACAUUUUUAGGAUCCUUGAAAAAUUUGAGAUAUCUCAACCUUUCUAGUGCAGGUUUCAGCGGGGCAAUUCCUCCCCAAUUAGGAAAUCUCUCAGCCUUGGGCUCUCUAAGUCUUGGUGACAAAUAUGGAGGUUUUGGUGCUUCGAUAAGUCGUCGUUCUUUGUCGACAAAGAGUCUCUGGUGGGCUACUAGUCUUUCUUCCCUGAAAUAUUUAGACCUCUCUGGAGUGGACCUAGGAGAGGCUCGAGAUUGGUUGCAAGCACUUAACAAUCUUCGUUUCUUAUCCUCGUUAACAUUACAACCCUAUGGUAUUUAUUCCUUUCCUCAUAUUGCACACCAUAAUUUCACAUCUCUUACCUUCCUCGACCUCCGAGACAGUGAAUUUAACUCCACGAUCCCUCUCUGGUUGUUUAAUUUGACUUCACUCGUUCAUCUCGACCUCAGUUCCAACAAUUUUUUUGGUCCAGUAGUUCCUCACAGCCUUCAGCAUUGGACUUCACUAAGCUACCUCGAUCUUAGCGUCAAUCAAUUCAAUACUUCACUGCCCGAUCCACUUUUCACUUUGAACAACCUUGUCUAUAUGGACUUGAGUGAUAACCAAAUCCAAGGCCCACUCCCCUUCGGCCUAGGCAACCUAACUUCUCUUUCCGUACUGCGCAUGGGAAUUAACAAGUUUGAAAGCAAAAUCCCACGUGCGAUUGGGCAACUUCGAGGACUCACUGAACUCGAUCUCAGUUCCAAUGGGUUCAAUGGUACCAUUCCAUCCUCUCUUUGGAGGCUGAGUGAGUUGAAAUCCUUGGAUCUAUCUGACAAUCCAUUGAGCGGGGAGCUGCAUGACGUUCACUUUGCCCAACUCACACAACUGAAAAUGCUAGGAUUAUCCUCCUUACUCGCUCUGAAUGUGAGUUCCUUGUGGGUCCCACCAUUCCAGCUUCAAGAUAUAGAGAUGCGUUCCAUGAAGAUAGGGCCCAAAUUUCCUCUCUGGCUUCAAACUCAGAAGAAGGUCGAAAGUCUGGACAUGUCAAAUGCAAGCAUCUCAGAUACUAUCCCAGAUUGGUUUGAGAGAGUGUGUCAUGGUAUAAAAACUUUGGAUUUCUCCUACAAUCACAUGAUAGGAAAACCACCCGUGUGCAAAGGAAAUAGUGGUGAUAAAUAUGGCAGAGGAUUUCAUUUGGAGUCCAACAAAUUCGAGGGGCCUUUGCAAUUGUUACCAACAGACAUUUAUCGAUUGCAUCUCCAAAGCAACUCACUGCAAGGGAUUAUUCCACAGCCCGACAUUAACAAGACAUUGGAUAUUCUUCGAGUACUAGAUCUCAGUGAUAACCACUUCAAUGGCAGCAUCCCUGAUUCUUUGUGCAGCUUACAAAUGCUUGUUGUCCUGGAUCUUUCUAACAACCAGCUCUCUGGGAGGAUCCCUUCAUGCAUUGGUAAGCUUAAAACGUUGAAAUUGCUAAAUCUAGGAAACAACAGUCUCCAAGGGCACAUUCCAAUUUCACUGGGACAUCUCAAUGUUCUCCAGUCUUUGUACUUGGACCGAAACAAGUUUACAGGGAUGGUCCCAUUCGCGCUCAGACAUCUGAAAAUUUUGCAGUAUCUUAAUCUUGGAAAUAAUGGACUGGAGGGCGUUAUACCAGCAUGGAUUGGGGAUGAACUAUCUAGUCUGAGGUCCCUUGUGCUUGAAUCUAACAAUUUCCAUGGUGAAAUUUCCAUGAGCCUCUGCAAAUUAUCAUCCCUUCAAGUUUUAAGUUUGAAAGACAAUAACUUAACUGGACAUAUACCUCGCUGCUUUAACAACUUUACAAUGAUGACAUUGACAGAAUUGGACUCUAUAGUUAUUUUUGUCAUGGUUUCUUCUGUUAUGAAUUCUAUUGCAUUUGACAUUAGUGAAGAACUUUCAGUUUUCAUCAAAGGUGAAAUGUUGAACUACACCUCAAGCAAUGUGGCAUAUGUUAGAUUCAUGGGGCUCUCGGGAAAUAAACUGAGUGGGGAAAUACCUGUCGAGUUAAUGUCUCUUGUUGGAUUGCAGGGUUUGGAUUUAUCUAGGAACCAUCUAAGUGGAAGAAUCCCAGAAAACAUUGGGAACUUGAGCCAACUUGAGUCUCUGGAUUUAUCCAAAAAUGAUCUUUCUGGUCCAAUUCCCCAAAGUUUGUCGAACCUAGAUUCUCUGGGCUGGCUGAACUUGUCGUUCAACAAGCUAACCGGUCGAAUUCCAUCCGGACGUCAUCUGCAGACAUUAGACGACCCAACCAUUUACAUGGGAAACAGUGGACUUUGUGGUGAACCGCUAGACAAAAGCUGCCCUGAUGGUAAAUCAAAUGCCGGAGAAUCUGAUGGUGAUCAUGAGGAUGGCAAGGAGUCUUAUUUUGAUUGGUUUUAUGCUGGUUUGGGACCUGGUUUUGCUGUUGGACUCGUGGGAUUCCUCAGUGUCCUAUGUUUCCAAAAGUCAUGGCGCUAUGCAUACUUCGGAUUUCUGGAGAGCUUGUUGAAUAAAGUAUGGGUAGAAAUUGCAUUGCUAAAAAGGAAGUUUAAUUGAGUGAUUUUACAUG